UAUAAAAUCUCCAAAAAAAAAAAAAAACUAUGUAGCUACACAACACCCCCUCUCAUAUAAUCAAUCAAAUUAUAUUUUAAUUUCCCGGGGCGAUGGGGGUCGAACACGACAAUAUCCACAUUCGUCUAUUACUCUUUUGUACUAUACUAGGAUGUCUUGCCACGACCCCGGCAAUGGCUGCGCUCAAAAAAUACCAAUUUGACGUUCAGGUAAAGACAGUGAGCAGAUUGUGUCACGCGAAGCCUAUUGUGACCGUUAAUGGAAUGUUUCCGGGGCCAACGAUCUAUGUUAGAGAAGGGGAUCGCUUGCAGAUUAAUGUCACUAACUAUGCACAAUACAAUAUGUCUGUCCACUGGCAUGGUUUAAAGCAAUAUCGCAACGGGUGGGCAGACGGGCCGGCUUAUAUAACACAAUGUCCAGUUCAGACAGGGCAAAGCUAUACCUAUGACUUCAAUGUAACAGGGCAAAGAGGGACUUUGUGGUGGCAUGCACAUAUCUCAUGGCUUAGGGCAACUGUUUAUGGAGCCAUAGUUAUUUUGCCUCAACAAGGGACACCUUAUCCUUUCCCUCAACCCGAUUUCGAAUUCGAGCUCGUCUUAGGCGAAUGGUGGAACACUGAUGUCGAAGAGGAUGUAAAACAAGGAAACAAGUUGGGAUUACCUCCGAAAACAUCGGAUGCGCAUACGAUCAACGGCAAGCCGGGGCCGCUCUUCCCGUGUUCUGAAAAACACACUAAUGCUAUAGAGGUCGAGCAAGGAAAGACGUACCUCUUGAGAAUCGUCAACGCUGCGCUCAACGACGAGCUUUUCUUCGCCAUUGAUGGACACAAGAUGACGGUUGUCGAAAUCGACGCUGUCUACACCAAACCUUUCUCGACUGAGACAAUCCUAAUAGCUCCUGGACAGACAACAAAUGUUCUUGUCCGAGCGAACCAGCUCCCCGGGCGAUACUUCAUGGCCGCAAGGCCUUUCAUGGACGCGCCGAUUUCUAUCGACAACAAAACAGCUGCAGCCAUUCUGCAAUAUAAAGGCAUCCCAAACUUCGUACUUCCGACAUUACCUCAGCUGCCAUCACUUAACAACACAGCUUAUGCUCUAAGUUACAAUGCAAAGCUCCGGAGCCUCAAUUCAAAGCAGUUUCCGGCGGCGGUGCCGCGGAAAGUCGACCGGCGUCUGUUCUACACGAUUGGCUUGGGAGUGAAUCCUUGUGAGGAUUGUCUGAAUGGGACACAAAUGGCGGCUUCAUUGAACAACAUAACCUUUGUGAUGCCUAAAAUUGGACUCUUACAGGCUCAUUAUUACAACCUUAAAGGAGUGUUCAAAAUGGACUUCCCUGACCGUCCUCCGACGGUUUUUAACUACACCGGAGCGCCGCUUACGGCGAACCUGAAAACGUCGGUGAGCGGACAACCUCGGCUGAGCAAAAUUGCGUUCAAUUCGACGGUGGAAUUGGUGCUGCAGGAUACGAAUCUUCUGUCGGUUGAAUCUCAUCCUUUCCAUCUCCAUGGGUAUAAUUUCUUCGUGGUCGGGUCAGGGAUUGGGAACUUCGAUCCUGUCAAGGAUCCGGCGAAGUAUAAUUUGGUGGAUCCUCCGGAGAGGAACACUGUCGGAGUUCCGACAGGGGGGUGGACUGCCAUAAGGUUUAGAGCUGAUAAUCCAGGAGUUUGGUUUAUGCAUUGUCACCUGGAGCUUCACACUGGGUGGGGAUUGAAGAUGGCGUUUGUGGUGGAGAAUGGACCGGACAAAGAUCAUUCGAUUCGGCCUCCGCCAAAGGACCUUCCACCUUGUUAAUGGAGGUGGAAUUCUGCC